ACCCUCAUUUAUAACAACCACCGACUCCACUCUUCCCCGCACGCAAAAUCCACAUUUCUCUUCUUCCAUCCUCUCUCGUUUCUCCAUUUUUUCCGGUUGGAGUUUCCUUUUUUCUCCGACGAUGGCGUCUCUCAAGGUCCACUCCGGAGCGGCGUUCGUUCACGGCAAUCGGGCGUUUGUUCGCCCCAAAUCCAACCCGGUCCGCCUGAACCCUAAUCACAUCUCCCAGAAAAAUCAAAUUCAACGAGUUUUCGCGUCCUACUCGCCGCCGCCGUGCGAUGGCCCGCUGGUACGUCGCGAUCCCGCGGCGAUUGCGGUGCCGGACGGAGGAGAAGCGGGCGGCGGCGGGGACAAAAUCGUGGCGGAGAAGUUGGACCGGUGGAUGCGGGGAUCCGUGGCGGAAAUCGUGAAGAACUUGACGAGAGCGCCAUUGCUAGUCCAAGUGUACUCGGACGGCGGCGGCGGCGAGGAGGACGCCGAGGUCAGAGCUGAGAGGGCGGUCGUCGAGGAGUGGCCGGCGGUCAAGGGCGAAUGGGAGAGCGGGGAGAGACGAUCGCCCGACGGACUCAUCUUCGUUGAAGAGCUCAGAGAUGACGCCGUUAACGACGAAGAAGAAGAAAAAUUUGACGGUGUUAACAGCCAAGCCAACGAAACGGUGACACGGGCGUGGGGGAUAGUGGUUCAGGGAAGAGGCGCCGAGUGCGGGCCGGUUUGCUACCUCUUGAAGACGAGCAAGGUCGGCGCCGGAAUCGGAAUGGGAGCGUUCUGCACCCAUUUUUGCCUGGUGAGAGUGAAGAGUUUCCGGGAAAGUGCUUUUUGCCAGUUCAAGAAUUGCUGGCUGCUUCAAUGAUCAUCAUCUUCUUCCCAAAUCCCAGUUCUCAUAUAUUCUUGCCAUCGAUCAUCUAGUCAUUCAAUAUAUAGUUUUGUAUAAAGAUGAUGAAAAUUGUAUAGCAAAUUAGAAUUCUUUACUUCACAUUCCUUCUUGAUUCAUUGAAGACUCAUCAAUUACCAUUA